AUCGAAGUACCUUUUUGAUGAAAAAUUUCUAAGGGAGAGACACUAAGCGAUGGCGAGCGAGAACCCGUCGUGCCGCAAAACCUAUGGUGUCCCUCUCUACUGUGUGUCCUGCGUCCCCCUCGAUCGCAUCAACAUCAUCAACAACAAUGAUGAGGAUCAUCAAGAUCAAAGCAAAGAGCAGGAGAUCCCAAAACAUCCGACCUCCGAUCGACUUUUCGUUGCCCUUGGCGGUGGCGGAGGCGAGGGACAUAGUGGCAUCCCGAACGCUGUUGUUCUCUCCACCUUCGAUUUUGCUUCCAGAUCUCUCUCCGACGAACCGGUUUUUAGAUUGGGAAUGGAUGGAGAAUUGCCUUAUAGGAUGGCGAUGCAUCCUAAUGGAGAUGGCUUUGUUUGCUCUUUUCCUAAGUCAUGCAGGUUGUUUGAAUGGGACUUUUUGGAGAAUAAGGAACUCCUGGCAAUGAAACCUUCCGAAAAGAUAUUAUCAAAGCUAGAAGAUGUUGGUCAACAGUUGGCAUUAGCUUUUAAUGUGGAAGGGUCGAUACUUGCAACUGGCGGGGAGGAUGGGCAUCUAAGGGUUUUCAAGUGGCCAAGCAUGGAAAUCAUUCUUGACCAAACUGAUGCUAACAAUGCCAUAAAGGAUUUGGAUUUCAGCUAUGAUUCAAAGUAUCUUGUGUCUUUGUGGAGUAAAGGGCCUAGCAGGCUUUGGGACCUGACAUCAGCAGCAGCUGCAGCCAGCUUACAAAGAGAAGAUGGUGAAAUGUUUGGCUUCUGCAGGUUCUCUCAGAGCUCGGGUGAAAAUCAGAUGUUGUAUGCAACUGCAAUGCAUGGUAAAUAUGGGAAAAUUAUCUCUUGGAAUGUUGGUUCAUGGCAAAGAGUUGGGUCAAAGAAGAUUGUACGUGACGGGAUAUCUGCCUUUAAUGUAUCACCUGACGGAAAACUCCUCGCAGUAGGGACUUUCGAAGGAGACGUCAUUAUCAUAAAUUCUUCAAACAUGCAGCCAAUGACAACAGUUAAGAAGGCGCAUCUUGGCAUUGUUACUUCAUUGGCAUUCUCCCAAGGUUCCAGGGUGUUACUGUCUGCAUCUUUCGAUUCAACGGCUCGAGUGACACUAAUUGAAGACAAAAAGAAGAAUGGGAUGAAUAUAAUGCUCAUCCUUUUGGUUCUAUUGUUCUCCUUCCUUGUGUACUACUUGUUGAAUCGGAGGGACCUGUGGCAGUCCCAACUUCCCUACCAAUAAUGUGUACAAAUCCAUGGCUGAAGGGUGAUAGUUUGUCUUGGCUGGCAAAAAAUCUGUCGGGGGUCUUAUGAAUUCAUGCAUACGAGUAACACAACUGUAGUUUUUCAUCCUUGCUCACCUUUAUCGACAUGAACAUUUUGGUACAUGCUCAGUUCACCUUCUCAUGUAAUGAUACAUUCAGCAAGUAUUUUUAGUGUUUGUUUCUUGGACGUGAAUCUAGGCAUCUAGCCGAGAAACUGUAUUAAACAAAGUGAUAAUACAUGCAAAAUAGAUAUUUGCAUGGAGCAAGGCUGACGGCAAUAAUCUAAAAGUGAAACAAAAGUCCUGAAGUCUAUUUGCUGUUACUGGGUGAAGCGCUUGAACGCACGUCUCUUUAUCCAUUAAGAAGCUUGAGACUGCAAUUAGUCAUCGGCAAAGAAAUCACUCACUUCAGGAGCACCCGCUGCAAGCAAGAAUGACUGCCGACUUAUUGUAUUCUGCUAUCGACAACACAUCCCUUGAACAGAUCGGGAUGCCAUCAUUAUCAACGGUUGACAUAAGUAUGUUCUAUUGCAUAAAAGAGGUGGAAGUUCAUUGGGUUGAAAAAUGCUGUAAUACAGUAAAUGUCUGUAUUUCAUCAAUCAAUCAAUCAAUCAUCAAUAAUAAUAAGUGAGUUCUUUCUUAA